CAAUCUAACCUCAACCAGUCGCGUGCGGUCGCAGGUGUUUUCUGCUCACGUGCGAGAUUCAAGUUCCAGCCCAGCAUAAAAUAAAUGCAAUAUUUUGUCACCUGCUUAUAAUUAUAUUAUGACACUAUGGCUCUAUGUACAAGCCAAAUAGACGACAGCAUAGAAAUUCAACUUUUACUUAAUUUCUCCAUAAAUAAAGUUUCAGAUUUGCCACACAAUGUACAUAGCAUAUUAAACGGCCAAUACGAAGAUACAAUAAAUAAUGAACUUUCCACGUUUAUCGAGGCAGUAAGGAACGGCGAUAGCUUAGAAGAAAUUAUACAUAAUGGUUUAUCCAGCACCCAGGCGCAUUUGUCAUGGCUGUGUACAGGAAUAGCUUCGUUAUUAUACUUUGUCCAAUGCAAUUGGACAGGUCCUCCCAUUGACAGUGAUGUCGAUUGGCUGAAAACCAGAAGAGAUGAGGCACUGAAACACUUAUCUCUGCAUGACGGAUGUAAUAUAAAUGUACGGAAACCAGAGCUUCUUUACCUGGCCAACAAGAUAUUCUCCAACGUGGAUCUGCAGCUUAGAUGCAGAAGCUGCGUUUGGUGGCUGCUUAGAGCUACUCUCUUACAUCAGCAUGUGUUAGACGAAAACUCAGGGGUGCUGUUCGAGGAAACUGAGAAUCUAAUAACGAAAAUUAAUAAUCUAAAUAUAUUAGAGGAUCCCCUUUGCGAGCUCUUAUUCAAUCUGGAAGCUGCUAGAUUUUACUUGCACUAUAGAAGAACACAGAACUCUGAGAAGCAUCUUGAACGUGCGCAGAGAAUAGCGGGCUUAAGAUUAAAUUUGGAGGGUGCAAUGGGAAAGCGUACCAAGUAUCAGCGAGAAGAAAAGGCGCAGUUGUACCUCAAAAUAGAGAUGGACAGAGAUACUUUUCCUUCGAUAGAUUGCGAAGAUAUACCGAAAUCUUUGAACUUAAAUGACGAAUUGAGAUUGGAGCGCAUUGAAUUUUCGGAGCAUAAAGAAGAUAUUAAACUGGGUAUGAUGGAAGAAGCGAUAAUUUUGGCAAAAUAUGUUCAGUUGCAGCUGUGUCAACCUAAGCACAAACUCACUGACGAGGAAAUUAGACCCUAUCUGACUAAAGUUGUGGAUAGUACAAAAAAUUGGUCGUUAAAGAUGACUUCUUUGUGCUACCGUUGCUCACUGGAGUCCGAUGACAAGAGAACUGUCGAGCGAUCCAUGAUGCAAGCGGAGUCUCUGCUGAACGAUUACAAUGACGCAAAAGCACCUGUAGCCAGAAGAAUGGAUAUAUUUUUCGCGAGCGGUAUGAGACCCAUUUGGACGUUAGAGGAGAAAUGGGCUAACGUAAUGUUUAGUCUUGGCUUGGUGAAGGGAGCUCUGGAAGUUUUUAUAAGACUGGGAUUAUGGGAAGAAGUAAUUGCCUGUUACAACAUGUUAAAUUUGAAGCACAAGGCAGCUGAGAUUAUUGAGCAAGAAAUAUCUAAAAAGCCAACGGCGAAAUUGUGGUGUCUAUUGGGAGAUGCAACUGGAGAUGUGAGUCAUUACGAAACGGCAUGGAGAUUAUCUGAAGAAAAAAGCAGUAGAGUACAAAAACAUUGGGGAUUCUAUUAUUUCGCAAAGAAAGAUUAUGCUGAGGCCGUACCACAUUUGAAACUGUCGGUCGAAUUGAAUAAUAUUCAAGAGCAUGUAUGGUUUAGACUGGGCUAUGCAGCGUUACAGAUAGAAGAUUGGAAGUUAGCCGCUAUGGCAUAUAGACGUUACUGUGCUUUAGAAGAAUCUACUUUUGAAGCAUGGAACAAUUUAGCAAAAGCGUACAUAAAAUUGGGAGAUAAACCAAGAGCUUGGAAGUCUCUGCAGGAUGCCAUAAAAUGUAAUUACGAUCGUUGGGAAGUGUGGGACAAUUUGAUGGUCGUAAGCAUCGAUCUGGGACAUUUUUCAGAAGUUAUUCGGAGUUAUCAUCGUAUCUUGGACUUGAAAAACAACCACUCGGAUAUCCAAGUUCUUCAAAUAUUAACAAAUGCUAUAAUAAAUAAUGUUAAUGACGCGGACGGAAAUCCAGCGUCUCGUUUGCUUCAAAACACUUUGGAAUUGUUUGGAAGAAUCACUUCCAAUACAGUUAAUAAUCCAGAUAUCUGGAGAAUGUACGCUGAACUUGUUGCAUUGAGAAAAACGGACGUUGACGACGAGAGAGCGGCACAGUAUCUCCAACAAGCGUAUCGUUUCAUUACUUCAAAUCCAAAAUGGUGUCGCAACGAAGAUACGACUCUAAACGUGCUGGAAUUAUGUUGUAACCUGGCGCAAGCAUAUUUACGUUGUGCCACUGAUAUCGCGAUCGUCAAGAAAAGGAAGAUGUUGGGAAGCGCUAAAUUAUCGCUGCAAGGAGUCGUGAAAAAGAUCAAGGAACAAGCGUGGGAUAAUGCGGAUAUCAUGAACCAAUUAAUGAAAGUUGAAAGGUACUUAGCGACUAUAACAAACGAAUUGGAACAAAUAAAACCUGCGCAAUAAGGAUAUUGCUUA